AUGAUCCAACAUUUUGCGAGGCAAGCUUUAUGUGUAUAUCGUAAGCCAGCGCUCAAGGAACGGACAUUCGUACGUAUAACGUCUCGCCAUGCGAGCUUUUCAAGUGAAACCAAUAUCAGCGUACGUGCAUUGCUUGAGAGCAAUCUCCGCCCCACCAAAAGCUCAGAGGUUUUUGAAUCUACGGAAGGAGUACGCGCGCGAGAAGCUCUAAUAGUCAAGAUACUUCUCAGUUCGCAUUCAAGCAGAACAUGCGAUGAAUUGCAAGAGUGGAAAGAACUUCAAAGUCGAUUUGAAGCUGGUAUCAAAGGACAAUUUCCGACUUCAAGCUCUGGCGGGGCUCGACAUUCAGAGAUUUAUAAGUCGAGUUUCUUGUCAAAAAUAAAUACGAGCGGGAACCAUAGUUCACUUGGUGUGAGAGGUAUAUCAGGGCGAAACAAGACAGAGUGGACAUUGGACCCUCAAACGACGAUAUCAGAUGUAAUCUUAGAUUCCGCAGAGAGAAACAAAGUUUACGAAUUGUUCAAGCAUGCUUGCCAAGGACAAGGGUUUAUCGACGAAAGUGUAAGGAGCCAUAUUUUCAAUCUCUUCACGUAUGGCGAACUCUCUCGGCUAGAAAAUGCUAAUCAUUUAUUCAUUACUGAUUUGCUCCUUUUCCUUGUCAAAAUACUCCACGAGUAUUCCAUCAAGUCCACAUAUGCAACUUUUAUGAUUGUGCUCCAUAAGCUGAGGUCCUCAAGUGCACGUAGACGUUUGAUCGGCCACAUUCAAAAGCAAAGAAGUGAUUUGGAAUUGGAUUUAAUAGGGCAGACAUCAUUAGCUAAAGAGGAUCUACUCGGUAGAAAAAUUAAACAUCAGCAUUUACUCGAGAAAGCCAACAGAUUUGACGAGGAGAGCUCCAGAUUCAUUCUGGCAUUUUUGUUGGAUAUCAGUCCGAAAUUGGCGGUGGGAUUUUUCAACAACAGGUAUGUUAUUGGUCCAGAGCCUUACAAACUCAAUAGCUCGAUCGUUGAAGUCUUUGUGGAUUUUUGGGUUCCAAGAAAGAGAUACAAGGAACUCUUUAAGGUUUUCUUUUUCAUCGAACGAAAUCUAGGACUUAGCAUGAACUAUUUUCUAUUGCAUACACUUUCGGGGAUGAUAAUGGAAUGGUCUUCUUUUCCGGGCCAGUUAAUCACCGAGCCUAUAUUACUCUAUUAUCACUAUCUUCGGAAUAAACGAGGGUUCAAAAUCCCCAAAGCGCUUGUUGCCAGGGUUAACGAGAGAUUGAAGCCGGAGGGAGGGUACGAUAAGAAUCGCGCUUCAAACCUUAUCAGGAGUGUUGCUAAAUCGAAUUCUAAUCGUUUGACUAUAUAG